AUGUUAGAUCUCCUGAAAACAUUCACCGGCUGUCCAGCUGGUGCACUUCACCAGCUGGUUCUACCUCAUGUCACUCUCAUAUUGUACCCCUCUGCAGACUCCGUAGUAAUCUUGGAUGCCAGUACUCUUAACCUCGUACGCGUGCUUACCUUCGGGGAAAUCUAUCCCGGCACCCAGCACCUUAAUCAAACCAUUUCUUGCGUGGCAGUCGACUCCGCCAUGAAAGUCAUAGUUGCUUCCAUGGACACGCACAUUGCCGCAUGGUUAUUGUCAGGUAACAAUACCUGGAGAAUUCACUCUUCCAUUUCACUCCAAGACAGUGAUCCCGUCACAGCUCUGGACUGCAGAUCUGGGCUUCUCUCAGUUGGCAGUCAAAACGGCCUAUCCGUCUACACGUUGAUAUUGGAAAAUGACCUUCCCACAUGGUCAAAGAAGUGGGAAGCAAGGGUGGCAACUCCGUCUCUCGCGAAAUUUGCUCCAACUCUUGCAUUUAUUGCCACUAUAUCUCACCAUGAUAAUUUGGUUAGAUUAUAUUCAACCACUUCCGGCCGCCUGGUGCAAAACAUUCCUCACCCCAGGUUCGUUACAGACUUGAUGUGGAGGUUUUCUCAGGAAUCACGAAGUGAUGAUCCCGCACUCUACACCAUUACAUCUGAUUCUACGCUGCGGAUAUUCCUCCCUGUGAUUGAUGCGCCGCAUCGUUUGCAACUACACGCGUCUCUUGACCUUUUCUCUUCGCUUCCGUUCCUCAUUGCAGCAAAACUUGGAUCACACCCAAGAAAGUCUACAGUCGUGUGGUUGGACAAAGAAGUCGUCCGGCGCACGAUCAAAGCUGUUCUAGCGUCAGCUGCUAAAGAUGCAAGUCCUCAGGUCAAGAGGUUGAGAGAAAUUGAUGAAGAAGGUUGGGAUCUGUUUGUUCGCGCUCUCGGGGAUGGCUCUAUGCUUGUCAGUGCCGUCGCAAACAUUGACCGCAGACCUCCGACGCUCAUACGCCAAUUUUCCCUUUCACAUACGAGUUCGAAUGUCCUUUCUCAGCUUCCUUCUCAUCUGUACCUUUUCCCACAUCCUGAUGUCACCAGCUUAACCAUGGUAACAUCUACUCCCCUGACUACAUUCAAGGUAUCGCCCUUAGCCUUCUUUGAUGGUCAGGCCGCAGGACUGGAUCUUAAUGCCAAGGGACUUAAUAGGUUAUCCCAUGAGGAGAGCAAGAUACGAAGACUGGUUAGGACGCCUGCUGGAAGAGGCGUUGCAGUCGUACGCGCUGAUGGAGGAGAAGUCUGGCGGGUCAUUGAAGGGGGGUCUCAGCUCGCCCGAGGAAGACGAUGGUCUAACGCGGACCAUGUUGUGGUUCUGGAUGGCGGUAGGCUACUAGCGACGUACUCGUCCGAAACCUCGAUCUUGACUCUACAUUCGGAGCCCAUUUCGACGCUUACAGUCCUUUCCAUCACUAGUUUAUUUUCGGCACCCUCGAAGACAGCGCACGAAUGUAUUGUUGGCCUGACUUCAGACAGUUCCAUCGUGUACAUAUGUGUUGACAGCAACCUUAAUCCGACCUUACGUCUGCAUUCCAAGAACAAUCUACCACUGGCCCAGCCGCCAAAGUUAAUCAUCCCCGUCGAUCCAAUGUCGUGGAGUAGGGAUAGUUCGUUGGAGGAGCAUGACACGUUACUCAGUAUAUCUGACGAUGGUGAGCUUUCGUUCUGGAUAGCAGAGGAUGGGACACCUUCUGGGUGGAGAUGCACGGGCAAGGUCAAGACAGGAAGGAAGGAAUUCGCGCUGGCGAGUUGCAGUUCUGCGAAAAAGUCUGUCCUAGUUGUACAACUACCGGGUGGUCAAGAACUUACAAUCUGGGAUUCGAAAGAGUCUGAAUUCGCCUCAGGUCUCGAGCAUCGCAGAAUAUUCAGUACUUCUGAACAUAUUAACGAUUUGGACUGGACAUCAACGCCCGAUAACCAGUCAAUCCUGGCUAUCGGUUUCACGCACCAUGUUGAGCUGUUGUGCCAGCAAAGGAAAACUUACUUUAACGAUGACCCUGCGUGGGCUAUCUGCUGGAAAGUGGAUAUCAGAGAUUACAUCUCAUAUCCAAUCCGCGAUUCAAUAUGGCUCGCAAAUGGGUCAUUCUUGAUCGCAGCAGGCCACCAGUUGUUUCUCUUUGGUCAAAAAGCACGUCAAAAGGAUCAGGAACCUCUGUUUCAGUACGUUGCUCGGCAUAAUGGGCCCUUGGAGGAUUACCAUCCGCAAAUGCUUCUACAGUGCUUGUUAUGGGGUAAGGUGGAGCUGGUGAAGCAAAUUAUCGUUGCUCUAUCUCUGAUCGUGAAGGCUAUAUACGAAGAUCCUACGCAGGAUUUUCACUGGAAUGCCUUUCCUGUGGAACAGUACCUGCGUGGUCAACCGGAUGAAACAGUCUUCUCCCGUCAUAUGGUGGAAACGCUUAUCGAGCAAAUUGAAUCGCGACCUCUCCCUCAUUUAACUCCCAAUGAGCACGCAUUUCUUCUGGUUCUUAUUCAGACGACCCUUGAGAUCGAAGAACAGAGACGAGCAUUGGACGCUAAUGGCCUUCGAUAUGUGAUCUCUAUGCGGUCUUUUUAUAUCCUCAACCGUCGAGUCACAUCUGAUCCCAGCAGUCCACGUUCAAACGGUGCAAUACCGCGAUCAACCGGUUGGAGGGAACGCCUGCGAUAUCGUGAUAUGAUAUGGGCCUUCCACAGUGAGAGCCAAGAGCUUUUGCUAAGCACAUCGACAGCAGCGUGCAGUGGAAGGAUGCUCUGGUCUGAUGCCCGAGCCCUUGGAGUCUUCAUAUGGCUGAAUUCUGUCGAAUCCUUGAAAGCUCACAUGGAAGUUAUCGCACGGAAUGAAUACAUGGCUGGUGAUAAUCGUGACCCUAUAGCAUGCUCACUCUUCUAUUUCGCACUGGGAAAGGUGAAGCUGGUGCAUGGACUAUGGAAGCAGGCUGCAUGGCACAAAGAACAAGCCAUUAUGCUCAGGUUCCUCGCGAACGACUUCACGCAGCCGAAACAGAAGACUGCAGCCCUGAAGAAUGCGUAUGCUCUGCUAGGUAAGCAGAGAUUUGAGUAUGCUGCUGCGUUCUUCCUCUUGGGAGGGAGUCUGAAAGACGCUGUUCAUGUUUGCCUCAGGCAUCUGUCAGAUUUUCAGCUGGCAAUCGCUCUCGCUCGUGUAGUAGAAGGAGGCUCGGAUGGUCCUGUGCUGCGGGAUAUACUACACGAUACGGUGAUCCAUACCGCCUUUCGUGAAGGCAAUCGAUGGCUUGGAAGCUGGGCCUUUUGGAUGCUCAACCGAAGAGACUUAGCUGUCAGAAUUUUGGUGACACCCUUGCGAGAUAUCGCCGAUGCUUUAGAUAUACAAGUGGUAGAAAUCGGCGAACCCCAUUACGAUGAUCCUAGUCUUGCAUUACUGUUCUCCCAACUCCGCUCCAAGACCCUGCAAACAGCUAAGGGCACAAGCGAGAUAUCAGGACGAUCUGAAUUCAACUUCGUGCUCCAGAUCGCCCGGGUGUUCUGCAGGAUGGGUUGCCAUGCACUAGCGCUGGAUCUCGUGCGUUCGUGGUCCUUUGAGCGCCCAUCGAUAUCUGUCCCUGCCCCGACGGAACCCCAACCAACACCAUAUGCUACAUUCCGGAGAUCUCUUGCGCUGGAUCACAAGCUAGGCAGACGCCCGUCAAUUAUGAUUGACAUGGACAUUGGAUCUCCAUCUCUAACACGCCGAGCCUCUCCCGAGCGUUCACUUGUCAAGGUGCCCACGCAAGAGACCAUAAAAGAGGAGAGUGACCUUCUAGCACGCAAGGCAGGCCUCGGUAGCCUACUUAAAUCUGCCAAGCAGGAUGUCCAAGUACCAGAGUUCAGCAUGGAUUCGUUUUCAUUUUGA